UUGAAAUCUGUUUCAGAAUAUUGUCGUCUGCUGUCAGACAUGUAAUUAAAUUUAUCAAUUAUUUAUAAUGGUCUGUGACGUUAGAACGUUUUAAAUGGGAACAGUUAAAGUUGAAUGUGCACAGUGUGUUUACUUGUGACUUCUUAUGCCGUUUAAUAUUUUUUAAACUGUGAAAUUAUAUAUGUGUCAAAAUGCCGUCUGUUGAUUUUAUAAAAACAGAAUAUCCAUUACACUGGUUAGUGUGGAACAAUCAGUACAAAGAACUGGACAAGGAAUUGUGCAAAAAUGAGGCGGACAAGGAGAAGAAGGACGUGCGCGGACGCACGCCGCUCAUGCUGGCCGUGACGCUCGGCCACCUGGAGUCGGCCCGCGUGCUCCUGCAGCACGCCACCAACGUCAACACGGAGAACACGGACGGCUGGACAGUUGUGCAGGAGGCGGUGGCGACGGGGGACCCCGAGCUGCUGCAGCUGGUGCUGGAGAGGCGGGACUACCAGCGGUACACCAGUCGCAUCGGCGGCAUCCCGGAGCUGCUGCAGAGGCUCAAGGAGGCACCAGAUUUUUAUGUUGAAAUGAAGUGGGAGUUCACAAGUUGGGUUCCGCUGGUGUCGCGCAUGUGCCCCAGCGACACGUACAAGGUGUACAAGCAGGGAUCGAACGUGCGGAUCGACACGACCCUGCUGGGCUUCGACCAGACCAGCUGGCAACGAGGCAACCGCAGCUACAUCUUCAAAGGACAGAGCGAGUCCGCCGUCAUGAUGGAGGUGGACCACGAGACGCAGCAGGUGUACGUGGAGACGAUGCGCGUCGUCUCGCCCGAGGACCUGCAGGUGCUGCAGCCCAGCGACGAGGUCGUCUCGUCGCGCCUCACCACGCCCAUCGUCUCCACGUACGUCGACACGGACAAGAUCAGCUUCGAGAGGAACAAGUGCGGCAUGUGGGGCUGGCGCUCGGACAAGAGCGAGCAGGUGAACGGCCACGAGUGCAAGGUGUUCGGGGCGAGCAACGUGGAGCUGGUGACCAAGACGCGCACGGAGCACCUCACCGACACGGACAAGAGCCGCGCCCGCGCGCCCAGGACGCCGCUGCAGUCCUUCCUGGGCAUCGCCGAGGUGGAGGAGAAGCAGGCGCUGCCCGACGGCCAGGACGAGGAAUACUUCCACCUGGGCAACCCGUGCAACAUCUCACCCGAGGAAUACUUCGACGAGACUGCGGACCUCAAAGGCCGGGACAUAGGGCGGCCGAAGGAAAUCAACACGAAAAUCCAGAAGUUUAAGGCGACUCUGUGGCUGUGCGAGAACUACCCGCUGAGCCUCCAGGAGCAGAUAAUGCCCAUCGUGGAUCUCAUGGCCAUCUCCAGCUCCCACUUCGCCAAGCUGAAGGACUUCAUACAGAUGCAGCUGCCCGCCGGCUUCCCGGUCAAGAUCGAGAUACCUUUGUUUCACGUGUUGAACGCGAGGAUCACGUUCGGGAACAUAUUCGGGUUGGAUGAGGAGAUCCCGGGCGUGACGAGGAUACACGAGGACGAGAGAGUGUCCUGCGUGCUGGAAGACUCCUGCUUCGCCCCGCCUGCCGCUUACACCAACCUCGGUGCGGAAGUCAGACGGCAGUUCAGCAUCGAGGAAGAAGACGACCUUCUGCAGUUCGCGAUUCAGCAGUCUCUCAUCGAAGCAGGCAGCGAAAAAGACGAGGUGGACAUAUGGGAAGCCUUGCGAGCGCAGAAACCAUCACGACCAAUGACGCCCGGCAUUCAAGCCGAAGAAGAGCGACAACUUCAGAAGGCCAUCCAGGCCAGCCUGGCGCUGUACGCGAGCGACGGGGGGCCGAGCCCGGCCCCCCGCGGGAGCCCCGACGGCGGGGAGGACGACGCGCCCGGCGGCGGCCCCCGGGUGCCGGACGACCUCGACGACGACGAACUGCGCGCGGCGCUGGCGCUGUCGCGGCGCGAGCGCGAGGAGGAGGAGCGGCGGCGCCGGCAGGAGGAGGAGAUGCUGCAGCGGGCGCUCGAGCUGUCGCUGCAGGAGAAGUGACCCCGCGCGCCCGACGCCGCUCGGCCCGCGCGUGCCGGCGACCUUCCCGGCCGCUGUCGGCGGCGAGGACUCCGCCUGGUGAUCUUCCCGACGACCGCCGCGGUUCUCAGAUCUGCUAUCGGCGGCGAGGACUUCCAACUCCCAUCGCAAACACGUCUUAAAUAAUUUUUUAUUGAUUCCGAAAUAAACAACUUGUGUGUGUGUUCAUCCAUCUGAACUACCUUUUUAGAAAUUGUCCGAAAGGGGAUGGAAACAGCGAAACCUCAUUAAUUCGAACCGGCCCUAAAGUAAAAUCGCAGUUUUGAAAAAAAUAAAAAAUAAAACUGUUUUGUCGGCCCUGCCGAAUGAAUGUUCUGUCCACCGCGGUCCCGGCCGGCUGUCGGCGGCGAGGGCUUCCGCCUCCCGGCGCAAACACAUCUGAGAUAAUUUUUAUUGAUUUUGAAGCAAACAACAUGUGUGUGUUCGUCCAUCUGAACUACUUUUUUAGAAAUUGUCCGAAAGGGAGUGGAAACAGCGAAACUUCAUUAAUUCAAACAGGCCCUAACGUGAAAUUGCAGUUUUGAAAAAGAAAAUGUUUUGUCGGCUCCGCCGAAUGAAGCUGAUCGUCCGCAAAAAAAAAAAAUUCAUCUCAAGGUGGCAUCGCAGCAAGUGAAACACUGUCCCAGAAAUGUAAGUUUCUUAUUCCGGUACACAACAGAAACUGUAUUUUAAGUUUCAUUGUUAACACCUUCUUUUUUUGAUGAUGAUGAUGAUAAUAAUAAUAAUGAAUGAAUUCAUAUUUUUUUAUUAUGCAUGUAACAUGUCUGUGAGAAUCUGCAACCUGAGAGAAAUGUAAGGAAUGUGGUCAUAUUCAAUUGAACACUUGAAAAUUCUGUGUACAAGUCAUUGUUUGGUGGAUAUAAGUAUUUUGCAAAAGUCCCUCAAAAUUUAAUUAAUGAGGUUUCGUGUUUUUUUUUUUUUUUUUUUUUUUUAACUGUGUAAACAUUGUCGUGUGGGCCACAGAAAAUUUUAAUGAAGAAGCUGGCAUGUAGGAAGGAAGCCAUCACUAAACAGUUUGUUACGCUUAUUUUAAUUUUUAUUUUUGUUAUGAUUUUUUUCCGUUACGUUGUUCAGAUGCGGUAGCUUCUCAGAACUGAUAUUCCUGUAUUUGGGGCCAGCAAUUCUUUCAGAAAAAAAAACAUGUUACUUUCAACAGUUAUCUAAACACUUCAGUAGCAUAGAGUGCAAGUUGUGUGCUGGGUAGAAAUGAGUUUGUACUUGAACAAUUGUUUACUUCUCUAUGGUUGUAAAUGAACUCUUAAGGUAAAUAUAUACUAUGUUUUUUUUAAAAGUCACUGAUAAUUUAAAUAUUGUAUCUGUGAUUGUAGACUCCGUUAUAAUAUAUAUAACACAGGCAUAGCUAAGAAAAAUAAAAUUUCUUACAGGGUAAUAAGGGAAUUCUUAACUAUUGUGAUUCAAACAGGUAAUAUAUUUAUAAUUCUUUCUUGUUAGUGGAGCAAAAGCAAAAUUAACGUCAAAAGCUGAAGCACAUGUUUAGUUUUUUUCGUAUUAAUGUUGAUUGGUGACUAGUCACAGAGCUUUAUUUACAUGUAUGAGACUAACCUUACUACAUACUAUGUAGGUACCAAAUACCUAUGUUCAUUAUAAAAAUAUUUUACAAAUCUUUGCCUUUCAUUCAAAUUAUGUACCUACUGAUUUAAAUAAAUUUACUAUGAAAUGUAAGUUAAAAUCUAAAUGUAAAAAUUGGAUCCCAUUGUAAAAAUUUUCUGCGUAAUCACUGUCAGAGCAUAUUUAAAGAUUAGUGUUAAAAAUUAGACUGACAAGUGGUUUUUUAAAAUAAAUACUAUGUACUUUAUGAAGUAAUUUACCUUUACAUUUUUUUAGUAUGUAGCACAUCUUCCAUUCUGCACGUUAAUGUAAAUAUGUACUGUGAUAAGGCAUUUGUUUUGUGACAAAAGUAUUUUUUAAAAUUGUGUGUGCAAAUGAUAUUUUCUUAGUGUUUCAGUGUAUGCACUAAUUUUCUUGGCGAAAUCUUCAUCUUUAAUGAUUACAUAGUACAUAGUGUCUUUCAGCAAUUACGUAUAUUGUAGAGUAAGAUAAUCAUAACUUAUUUUUUUUUUUGCUUUGUUCUACAAAAAGUGUCAAAUAUAAAUUAUGUUGUUUAUGUAAAAAUUGCAAAUACCAGUAUUUCUAAAAGAUCUACACAAUGUAUUUAAUGUAAAACAAAUGUGUAUUUUAUUUGAAAUUUUGUUAUUCCUAUUGUUGUUGGUUUAUGGAAACCUUCCAAACGUGUAGAGCUAUGUUUAGGAAACUUUGUGUGGUAUCUCCGAUGUAAGGCAAGCAAAAUUAUUACUGUAACAUCACACAUUGAACCUGUGCUGCUGUUUUGUGUAGCAGAUGUUAAUCUGUUGUAUAAAUUUUAGUAAUUUUAUGUUUUGUGUAAAAUCUUUAAAAUGAGAGAACUUUUUCUUACCGAG